UUAUAUCUUAUCAAUAUUCAUUAGUAGGUUUUAGUUCUCCAAUUGUAUUCGUGAAAACUUACACAAAACAAUUUUACUUAAUUGUUUAUAAUUUGGUAGAUUUUGCGUUUCGUCUCUGAGUGGAUAUAACAUCGAUGUUUCGGGUUCAAAGUUUCAUUACCUGUACUUACCUGAAAUAAUCUGCAAGCGUUUUUGUUAUCAAUCUGUUAUCGUACCUGUGUUGAUUAUAUACGAACUGGCUGGAUACCCUAAGGCAGUUUGUGAGGGAUUGUGGCGUUGUGCUUACUUGAAUAAACAUGGCAGAGGAGCCGUUGGUGAUCGUAGCCGUGAGGCUGGUGCUGGAGUUCGUCUGGACUCUCAUUGUGAUGAACUAUGAGACAUUGAAGGCCAUCUACCUGUUCUUCAUCCCGCCAGAGCCUAAAGAUGUCACCGAGGACAUUAUAUUCAUCACCGGAGCCGGUCAUGGCAUGGGCCGCGAGGUGGCGCUGCGGUUCGGCCGGCUCGGCGCGACGGUGGUCUGUGUGGAUGUCAACCCUGCCUCCAAUGAGGAGACCGCCAAGAUGAUCAAGGCAGAGAAGGGGAAGGCUUUCCAUUAUCAAUGCGACAUCACGAACCGUGACGCUGUCUUCAAACUGGCAGAGAAGGUCCAGAAAGAGGUCGGGGAUGUGACCAUCCUCCUCAACAACGCCGGUAUCAUGCCCUGCAAGCCUCUUCUCAGGCACUCCGAGAAAGAAAUCCGGUCGAUGUAUGACGUUAACGUCCAUGGAGUUCUAUGGACCAUACAAGCCUUCCUUCCCACUAUGUUGGAGAACAACAAAGGCCAUCUCGUGGUCAUGUCGUCCAUGGCUGGGCUGAUGGGCCUCCGUAACAUCGUGCCUUACUGCGGCACCAAGUUUGCCGUCCGGGGUAUCAUGGAGGCACUGGCUAUGGAGCUCCAUGAGGACAAGACUAGGGCUUCGGAUGGGAUCAAGUUCACCACAAUCUACCCUACCAUGGUGAACACGGGUCUGUGCCACAACCCCCGAGCUCGCUUCGCCAAGCUCAAUAUGGUGGAGAAGGAAUUCGCUGCCGAUCUGAUUGUGGACGCCAUCAGGCGGGAACUGACAGAGAUCUCCGUUCCUACUGAUCUCUAUUACGCUAAUAGGUUCAUCUUCCGUUUGCUGCCCUACAAGGCUGGUCUGGCCAUGAAUGACUUCGUCGCCACUGGCCUGGAUCCUCACGACUAGAUCCUGAAGGUAGUU